AUGUUCGGGAUUCUUUUUUCUAUCGAUGAGAACCAAGAGCACAGCGAUUUUGGACCGGCAGCUUGCGAGAGCUUCAUGUCCGAGCAUGUGGUUGCUGAAUGCGGUGCUUUGCUGCCGCUGUUGCCUGGACUGGAGUUCGCCAUAGCGUGUUCCACCGAGGUGCAGGAGAAGGCUGAUGUCUCCAAGAUCGCCUACCUGCAGGCGUCAAGUCAUCUGCACCUCGCCAGCGCAACACCAGUUACCAAGAGAGCACCAGGGAAGCGCCACCGAGCCCAAACCUCUGACAUCCCACGGACCAUUGUGGAGAAGGACGCGCUUGAGCUGAUCCUGAAGAACACUCCGCGGGACCAGUGGGAGAACCCUCCUGAAGUCAAGGCCUUCGCUGAGAUGUAUGGGCCCGGAAAGGCUACGAAGAUGGGAUGGUGGGACUACUACCGGCUGAAGUUGGACAUGCCGGACACCACCCGCCUCGACUCGGAGCGCGAACUACAGGAGAUCGAGGAGUAUGAGAAGCUGAUGAUGUCAGGCAAGGUCCCAUUUGCAGUACCCGGCCCUUCGGGCUACUGGUUCACGGGCUUCGUUACCCAGUGGAAGGGCAAGGAGCCCUUUGCUGGCGACCAGGUCAUCACACUGACGGAGAAUGGCCUUUUUGCCAAGCAGUUCCUGUCUGCCAUGGCCUUCUACCGCGAAGGUCUGAAGCCCUGGCAGCGAGGAUUAGAGAGCCUGGGCCGCUACAGGGAGUGCUAUUUCCUGAUCGGGCCGUUCACGUCCCUCGGCCUCUCCUCAAAAGCUGAACAUGAGAUCUAUCUGACACUGGGCCCUUUGGAAGAGGCAGCAACAGUCGGCCUGCUCUGUGGUUGCGCUAUCGUCGGCAUCGUUUCGAUCGGUGGUCUGAUCUUCGGCUCGACCAUCAAGCCGACACGCUUUGACAAGGACGGCGACAAGCCAGGAGCUGGCUUCAUUGAGAUGAUCAACUGGCACGCCGUUGGUGGCCUUGGUGGUGCUGGUUUCGCGCAUGCACUGAUCACGGUAUUCCCGGCUGGUUCAUGGUAG